GAGCGCAUGCGCAGUUCAGUUUGAAGCCCUGUACAGGAUGGCUGCGGAUAGUAGUGUGCUGUUGGGUUUGGUAGAAGAAUUCGUGUCGGGACAGGUUGACAGCAAAGCUACAGAGACCGCUGCAGGUGUCAAGGCUGGACAGUUUACAGUACUCCAGUUGGUUGAGGCAUUGGGACUGAGCCUGACCAGCUCUCAGCCUCAGACCCGUGGCCGUGGAGUCCAGCUCCUGUCCCAGGUUCUAUAAGAAUGCUACAGCGGCUUGUCCGAGAGGGAGGUGGAGGUCCUGAUAGCUUUCUAUGAAAACAGACUGAAGGAUCACUAUGUCAUCACACCACACGUUCUUCAGGGGCUUAAGGCUUUGACAAAAUGCUCAGUUCUGCCACCUGGAUCGGCUGUGUCCAUUUUACGUUCCAUCUUCCAGGAUGUUCACGUUCAGUCACUGAUGUUGGCUGAGCGAUCAUGUGUGUACAACAUCCUUAUCAAUCUAAUGGAGUCCAGAGAGCAGGAACUCAAGGGUUUGGGGGCAGACUUUGUGUUUGGAUUUGUGCAGUCGGUUGAUGGAGAAAGAGAUCCACGCAACCUCCUGCUGGCGUUCCAGGUGGCCAGAAACAUCAUUAACAAGGGUUAUGAUCUUGGUAAAUUCGUAGAGGAACUGUUUGAAGUGACAUCCUGCUAUUUUCCGAUAGACUUUAGUCCUCCACCCAAUGAUCCUCAUGGAAUCACACACGAGGAGCUCGUUCUGUGUCUACGUGCUGUUCUCUCCGGGACGCCCCGGUUUUCUGAGUUUCUGUUACCACUGAUUAUUGAGAAGCUGGAUUCAGAUGUUCAGAGUGCCAAAGUGGACUCCCUGCAGACGCUGGCUGCCUGCGGUCAGACAUAUAGCCAUAAAGAGUUGGCAGAAUUCCUUCCUGGCCUUUGGAGCUCAAUACGGAGGGAGGUGUUCCAGACAGCCAGUGAGAGGGUGGAAUCAGCCGGCCUAUCCGCUCUCGGCACAAUCACUUCCUGUCUUUCUCGUUCCGUGCUCGAUUCAGACGAGGAGGAUGCUCUGCAGGUCUUUCUGAACCUCGUACUUAAAGACUGUCAGCACCAUCUCUGUGAGCCAGACCUGAAACUUGUGUGGCCCAGUGCCAAACUCUUGCAGGCCGCCAAUGGGGCCUCAUACAGAGCGAGUCUGAUAGUGACCUCGGCCGUCAUACCUGCCCUCCUGGAGCAGUAUAACAACAGGACAGAGUGUGCCCAACGGCGCACCCUUCUGGAGGUUAUACAGGGUUUCGUUCUGCCCACCCCGCUGAGCCGGCCUGCAGAGGGAGAGGAGAGUGUUUUGGUGCCGUUUCAACAGUCUUUGGGUAGCGUGGUGUUCUCUGCACUGGUGGAGUCUAGCACUGGUCUUCAGGUCACAGCCACACGUGUGCUUGCUGCACUGGGACAGCAGCCUGGCUUGUUCACACCGCCAGACGUUGAGAAAGCUGUUGAUCAUUUGACCAGACUCAGUCUAGAAGAAGAGGAUAGUCAAUUGAGUUUGGCAGUGGUGGAGUGUUCAGGCUCUCUGGCUCAUCUACAUCCCAAAGCUUUCAUCUCUAGGAUGAUUCCUCGGUUGAAGGAAGAGAUCUUCUCAGAUCCGGCGACUGUCAGUGAUGGCUUGUCUCAGUCUAAUGGAGCUGUGCGUCAGCGAUGCGUGAUGGCGUUAGCAUCCGUGUCGUCUCAAGCUAGCGUGGUGACCGAGAGCGCCCCCGUGCUGCUGCAGGUUGUGGCUUCAGCCCAUGCAGGUAGCUGCGGUUUCUCUGUGGAGGAAGUGAUCUCUGUAUGCAUCAGUUUGGAGAAGAUUGCACAACACACACCUGACACGGAGGAGAUUGGUCAGUUCUUCCAUGACAUCAUCAUUCCUCGACUCUUCGGAUUGGCUCUGAAGGCAGUUCUGCAGAGUCACAGUAGUCCACUGACAGAUGAAGCCGUUUUGUCUGCAAUAGUUCCUGUCAUAAGCACAGCCUGUGCUGGAUUAAAAGCAGAAUUAGCAUCCCACAUGGCUGCACAGGCUGUACGUCUUUUCCUGAAUGGAGAUGUGUCCUUCCUGCCAGAGAAUGACUUUCCCUCCCAAAUCCAGCUGCUGCAGAGUCAUGCAGAAUCCAGAGGUCCGUCUCAGCUGGUGUGUCUUCUGAUGGCCUGCGUGUGCUCUUUUCCACGCAAUGUGGACAUUCCUGAGAUUGACAGGCUUCUUGUCCAGUUGGAAGAGCUGAGCUGUACAUGUCCGCACGUGUUCGCCUACACGUUUGCUGCUAAAUGUUUCGCUGGCUUGGUCAACAAGAGGCCGGCAGGUAAAGCUUUAGACGCUGUGCUGGAGAGAGUGUUAAAGAGGAUCAGCGUCGAGUUUGAGAACGUUUCCUCCACACAACGAACGCAAGCCUUCACAUUACUACUAUGGGUGGCUAAGGCCCUACUCUUACGAUACCAUCCACUAUCAACAGUCCUGACAGACAAGCUCUUCGCUUCGUUGAGUGACCCAGAAUUAGGGUCUAAGGUGGCCGACGGUUUCCGUGUUCUCAUGAGCGACUCGCCAGACGUACUCAAUCGCAACUGUCAUGCCGACGUGCGCAUUAUGUACCGACAACGGUUUUUUGCGGAAAACUCCACCAAACUGGUUCAAGGCUUCAACUCGGCUGAGCAGGAAAAGAAGUCUUGUUAUUUAAAAGCCCUGUCUCACAUUGUCAAUAACCUUCCAAGACAAGUUCAGCUCGCAGAGCUCCCGGCGUUGCUGCCACUUCUGCUAGAGGCGUUGUCGUGUCCGGAUCAGGGGGUGCAGUUGUCUACACUGUCCUGUUUGCAGCCAGUUUUGUUGGAACCCCCGGCGGCCCUCAACAACCAGCUGGAGGCUUUAUUUACCCGCCUGCUGGCCCUCACCACCAGCCCUGCUAUGAACGUGAAAAUUGCGUCCCUCCGAUGUGUCCAUGCUCUGUCCCACUUGCCUGAACAUAUGGUCUUGCCGUUUCGUGCUCGAGUGCUAAAAGCUCUUGCUCUUCCACUGGAUGACAUUAAGAGGCUGGUCAGAAAGGAGGCCGUGUCUGCCAGGGGAGAAUGGUUUUUGCUUGGUAGUCCUGGUGGAAGAUAAACUUCUGCUAUCCACUGUGGAUUAAACAUCAUGGAUGGUCCUUUGGACAUAAUACCAUUCACAGCCUUGGAUUUUACUUGCCCA